AUAUUCCGUAGUCCGUGAUCGCUGGGAACACAGGAUUAGAUCACGCAUAAGAUGUGUGAGUUUCGUUUGACGUUUUAAUUGAGGAAACGGGAAUACAUCGCUUAUAUCUGUAAGUACGCGCGCAAGCCUAGGUGGAGAGACGUCGACCUCGUAUCACAGUUCGUUGCUCACCCUGAUUAGUACAUGACUUGAAAUACAUUGCGUGGUAGCAACGCGAACGAAGAGUAGGAAUGGCUAAUUUGCGAUACGAUUAUUCAUAAUGCGCAAUAAGGAAAUCUUCUAAACUGAGGAGGAAAAUAAUACGCCUACACAUACACACAGCACACGCUGUAUUAACGAUACACAAAUACAAGUAUGUAUAACAAAUGAUUAACUCCAGGAUAAACACGAUCAUUUUCCUCAAGAGAUAUGGAAGUGGGAUUGCGGGUAGUUCGUGGCCCACAUUGGACUUGGGAAGACCAGGACGGUGGCGAGGGCCACGCAGGCACUGUCAUAGAAGUUGGGAAGUCGUCUGGCUCUGGUAACCCUUCAAAUUCGACUGCAAACACCGCUGAGAAGACACCUGACAAGACUGUAAUUGUGCAGUGGGACAGGGGGUCGAGAAGUAAUUAUAGAAUCGGAUAUCAGGGCGCCUACGAUCUACUGGUCUUUGACAACGCAGCUGCCGGUAUCAAGCACUCAAACAUAAUCUGUGACGGCUGUAAAAGACACGGAAUUGCAGGCAUCAGAUGGAAGUGUGCGCAGUGCAUUGACUACGAUUUGUGUACCCAGUGCUAUAUGGCGGAUGUUCAUUACCUUAAUCAUACCUUCCAGAGAUUUCAAACUGCCAACGCUGUGGGUGUGCAACUGACCCCAAGAGAAGGCUGCACUAAAAUACCAUUAAAAGGGAUAUUCAUUGGUGCCAAAGUUGUGAGGGGACCAGAUUGGGAGUGGGGUAAUCAAGACGACGGUCCCGAUAAAACUGGCCGUGUAAUGGAUAUUCGUGGAUGGGACAAUGAAAGUAGUCGGUCAGUAGCAACAGUGACAUGGUCGACUGGUACCACAAACGUGUAUAGACUUGGCUACAAAGGGUGCGUUGAUCUCUGCUAUGUUGAAGAAGCUACGUGCGGUACUUAUUACAAACAGCACUUACCUGUUCUUGGACACAUUGUGAUGAUGAUGCCAGUUAUGGAUCAACCCACAACACCUAAUGGUAGUAAUCCUACUCUAAGCCCUCGACAUUUGUCUUUUAAUGUUGGGGACAAGGUCAGAGUUCUAAUGGAAGUCGAUACACUAAAACAAAUGCAAAUUGGUCACGGUGGCUGGAAUCCACGCAUGGCUGAAUAUAUUGGAAAGAUUGGUACAGUUCAUCGAGUCACAGAUAAGGGUGAUAUUAGAGUCCAGUACGAAUCUUGCAAUAAUCGGUGGACUUUCCAUCCGGGAUCAUUGACCAAAGUCACUACCAAAGAUACAUUUACACUUGGAGACAUUGUUAGGGUCAAGACUGAUGCUACAUCUGUCAAGCAUUAUCAACGUGGCCAUGGAGAAUGGAUAGAUGUUAUGAAAACUGUUUUGGGGAAAACAGGAAAAGUAAUUAAAAUUUAUUCGGAUGGAGACAUUCGGGUAGAAUUUGAUGGGCACACAUGGACUUUUAAUCCAGCAAACGUAACAUUGGUUCCGCCCACAAGACCAGGAAAUGGAGGUCAAGGUGAUGCUAAUCGCUUCAGAGAUCGCUCGAAUGCGUUAAAUCCGUCCUGGCGUCCCGAUGGCGUCACAGGAUCAGGUGAUAAUAGUAUUGACAACGAAGUAGAGAAAUUGCUGAGAGACGCAGCCUGCGGAGAAGCUGGAGUUACUGCAGUUAAAGAAUUUUUACGUAAAAAUCCUGGUAAAGUUGAUGCAAGAUCUACCAGACCAGGAGGUGGUGACAAAACGUGCCUGCAAAUUGCCGCCCACCAGGGUCAGUGCGACAUCUGUUCAUUACUAAUAGAUGCUGGCGCAUCCCUCCAAGCAGUAGACGAAGACGGGGAUUCCCCUCUUCACUACGCUGCAUUUGGAAACCAGCCGGAAAUAAUGGAAUUGUUGGUGGCACGAGGUGCAGCUGUUGAUGCAGUAAAUAACAGCAAGUGUAGUGCGUUGCAUGUGGCAGUAAACAAGCAGCAUGCCGCAUGUGUCCGAAUUCUGUUACGCCAUGGAUGCGAUGUCAAUCUUCAAGAUGAAUAUGGAGAUACAGCGCUACAUGAUGCAAUUGGCAAAGAUGACCUUGACAUUGUUGAAGCUUUAUGCUUGUGCGACCGCCUUGAUGUGACGCUUCGCAAUAGAAGAGGGUUUAACAUACUUCAUCAUGCAGCUUUGAAGGGGAACACGUUCGCGACUGAAAAGCUUGUGGUUAAAGCAAGACAGCUGGUAGACAUAAAAAAAGAGGAUGGAUUCGCGGCUCUUCACUUGGCAGCUCUAAAUGGGCAUCGUGACGUUGUGGCGACGCUCCUUUCGCCGACGGGUGGUUGUGCGCGUGUAGAUUUGCGUAACAACCGUCGUCAGACGCCACUGCAUUUGGCUACCUCUCAGGGACACUUGGAACUCGUUGAAUUACUGGUCCAACACCAUGCAGACAUUCUUGCCCAGGAUGAAGACGGGGAUACUGCACUUCACAUAGCCAUCACUAAAUGCCGACCCCAUCCCACCAGCGUCACACCGACUGAUGGAAAUAGCGAAUUUUCAGUUAUACACGCGAUUUCGCAAAAUUUACUAAGGCGAGGAGCAAGACCGGAAAUGGCUUUGGCAUGCUUCCUCGUCAGUUCGGACAAUUCUGGGCUUCUGUUAGAGCAAGUAAGGAAUACUAAAGGCAAGUCGGCAUUGGACUUGCUACACGCGGACCCAGAAUACGCAGCUUUAGCUGAUCUGUUACGGUCUUAUCAUACAGCUAUAACCAUCAGUAGUGAAGUACCAAGCAGUGGACCCACGAGUAGCCCCCUAUGUAGAAUUGCAGAGACACUGCCGAGCCAGAUAGAAAGAGAACUAGUAACAGAAUCGUCAGAAGAGAGAUUGAGAAAGGAUGAACAAAGGCAAGACUCUGAAGAGUGUGCAACAUGUUCGGGAGUAACAAGAAAUAAGCAAGAAGAUAUGACUGGUGUACCCGGUAGCAACGUAGUAUCAUAUGGAUGUUUACGAUGUGGUCGGAAUAAUACUAAACGUCGAGUGAGUCAAGAUGAGCGAACGCUAGACAACGAGCAGGCAGAGGACAGCAGCGUGGACGUGGAUGGGAAAAGGAGGAAAGAAGAGGACAAAGACAAAGAUUUGGAAAGAUUGCGUUACCUUGAGUCUCGAGUUGCCGAUUUGGAAGAAGCCAACACAUGCAGCAUUUGCAUGGAACGGCGGAGAAACGUAGCCUUCCUUUGUGGACACGGUGCGUGUGAGCAUUGCGCUGCGCCGCUUAAAACGUGCCACAUGUGUCGCAAAACUAUAACCAAAAAAAUCAAUCUGUAUUAAUAUACGAUUCUAGACACCAAUUUCGCUCGACCAUCCGUUCACCUCACCUCGUGUAGAAUAAUGGAAAUAUAUUAUUAUCAUCACAUGACUUCUAACACCUAUUUGAUAUUAUUCACACAAAUAUUUAUAAUACUAAUAAUGAUAAUGAUAAUAUAAUAUUAUAUUGUAAUUACACGUGUGAAGUUAGCAUUAGGUUUUUCGUUUUGAUUCUCUAUCAACACUUUUUAUUCUAACCUUCUAUUGCUUGAUUUCUACCCAGCAAUUGUUUGAAUGACCAAUGAUGAUCACAUGCUGACUGAACAAUACUUUUUGAAAUAUGUUAUGUAAAUAUGCUGUUUGUGUAAUUUAAUUUUUUUUUCUUCAUAUAAUCGUCAAUAGGUGCUACUUCAAUAGUACCGAAAGAGAUUCCUGUUACCAGUAUGUAUGGAUCAUUUACUAGAUCAUAAUGUGCACGUCUUCCGCCGUGCAAAUUUGCUGUCGAUACAUGAACAUUGUGUACUUAAUAUUUACUCUCGGUUACAGUGAAAGCCAGUUUUAUGGCAAACCAUUUUUUCGAAAGCCAAUAACAUUGAGAAACUAUCGGCAAAACGUUUGUACAGUAACACGUUUUGUACGCAAUGACCAGGUUACAUGAAAGUGAUAAAUGUUGUAACGCGGUCACUUUGAAAAGGAAUUAUGAAUCUUAUGCAGGGUUGCAUUAAUCACUUCACACACUGAUAUUUACGGGUAUUUGAGCUUUUUUCAUUGGUCACACGUCUACGAAAGUCAUAAUUUCGCGAGUCAUGUAGAUUUCGUUCCAAUCAAAAUCAAAUAUCAAAAAUGUAUUAAUUUUGUUCUAAUCUUUUUUAUUAUAAUACUCACAUCAGCGUCCUCCAUGAUUCGCGGAUUCGGGUCAUUCUUCACAACUUAUUCUGUCGCCCGAUUUCUCAAGUGUCAUUAUCGUCAUUUAGUUCAAAUUUUGUCGACUCCCAUAUGUGUAAUUAAAGUAAAUGAGAUUACGUUAUUAACUUACCUAACUUUAUCAGAUUGAGUCCUACUUAAAAAUCGCCGUUUAUAAAUUUGCCUGAAUACAAUCAUCUAUUGUAUAAAACAGGGUACAUAAAAGCACCGCAUGUUUUUUUCUAACGAGGUAAAUUUCAUUAUUCAAUUAAGUUAGACAAAAAGAUGUAACGUUUUCUCCAUAUUGCAUACACUUGUGCAUCCCAUCAUCACUUAGUUUAAGUAGAAUGAUAUAAUAAGAAUGGCGAUGAAGUAGUUUAAAAACGAAUCAAAUAUCAAAUAUAUUCUCAGAAAUAGUUCCAAUUUUUUAAUUAUGUACGUUUGAUAUCCAAUUCAAUAUAGACAAAGAGAAUUAUUAUUAAGUUGAGUAUUACCUUCAAUUAUGAAGAAUAAAAAUUACAAUGGAAUCGCGAACUGAUUUGAAUAAAUUAUUGCGAGUUGAAGUCUGUACUUAUUAUUGUUACACUAAUUACUUUAUGCGGAAAAUUUUUUUUAUCAUAGUUAUUUUAAUGGGAUAAUUAUUCAAUUAUUUGCAAAAAAUAAGGGCGUUCAAAUUUUUCAAUUCGGGUGGUGAUGCUAGGUUGGCCAUGGUAUAAAGUAUAUUAUCAUUUUAUGGUACGUAACAAUCAUUUACCGGAAACAUAUUAAAGUUUUUGUAAGGGCUCACGUUUAUUUGUUCACUUAAUUAACUCAUCACAUUACUUUACAAUCCUAGUUUAUCAUUAUUGCCUCCAACUGCACAGUAUAAUGAUAACGAAGUUCAACAUUCGAAUCUUUGGAGAACUAAACAGGUGAAAAUAUUGAUCAGUGAUCACUCAUUUCAAAAUUCAAAAUUUAUCCAAAGUUUUUUAUCAACGCACAUCUUGCUUCCAUUCUUAUACACUUUAGUAACAAAUAAUAUUGUAAUCAACAACUAAAUGUAAACAUUUUAAAAUUAAGUGUCUCAAAAGCAUAACGCAGUAUCUAACAACAAAUUGUAAUAGAAACAAGAAAAUCUACUAAUAAUAUUAAUCAUUAUCAAAGAGUUGUUCGAAUUUGUUAAGUAAUUUGCGAACAGAUUUUAAAUCGCUGCAUAUCGAUCUAUUACCAGUUGUGGAUAGUUAUUUCAUUCGCAACCGCGAUCUUUGAUUAACUAUAGAUUUCAUAAAAAUAAAUACACAAAACCAAGAACAAUUUGCCCAAAGAGAAACAGAUUCUGGUCAAUUUUUAUUGAUACGUUGACUAAUAUUUACUAUACUUUUCAUCAUUUCAUCAAAUAACGCAUUCCGCAUUGUUCAAGUAUCGUGAAUCGUUAAUUACCGUAGGGUUUCUGAAUCGUCUAGUUUUAGCUUCGGCUACAUUGUUUGUCACUUUGUAUAACUGACUUACAACUAACAAACACCAGAUAUUGUUCCCAAAUUUUACUACUCAGAGUUAACAGACAAUGGGGAUAUAGGGAAUGUAAGGAAGCACGUGGUCAAAGAUUACUUAAUUCGCUAGAAAACUUUUGUUCCAUUCCUUUUAAUUCAUUAUUCAACAUUGUGAAAACUGAUGGAUAGAAAAAGUGUAAGGUUUGAACGGAAAGACAGUCGAGGUAUUAGUUUAAAAAAAUAAAAUAAAAUGGAUAUUUGGAAUAUGACGGGAACUAAAAGAGACGCUCCAAAUUUGUAGUGCUAUUUCGUCACUGUAUUCUAUAGUUGUUUACAUAGUUAUUCGUCACUUCUUACUUGCAUGUAUUUCUAAAAUUCUUUUUUGUUUUUUCUCUUUCCUUUUCAUUGUAUCUCGACAUAGGUAUACAUAUAUAACGCUUAAGAUCAAAGAGCGUCGUACAAAGGUAGCGAAUGACACGUGCGAAGGAUUAUUGUGUAGUAACAAUGGUCUGUAUUACUACAUACAAAUGUAUUUUAGCAUUAUAUAUAAUACAAUCAUUGUUUAAUUCUUUCAAUUGAAUUCUAUCGGAGUAACUAUAAAGGAACGUCGUAAAGACAAAUUAAUUAUCUAUUCCACAAUGCAGCGGCGGGUGUUUUGGUUCCAAGGCGAGCUUAACUACUAAACACGCACAGACACAACACUUACCUAUAUGUAUAUUCAAUUAUUAUUUCUAUAUUCUAUUCAAUCUAUAGAUGCUUACGGUUGUUGAUAACAACACGAAAUUUCAUUCUACCAUAGCUUAGCAAGCAGUAUUUAUUUAUUCAUUUAUUUUGGUACUUGAUAAAGUUUUCAUAAAUGUAUGUUACAAUAUUGAGCCAGUUUGCAAAACUGUAGUUCAUAGUAAUGAUAAUAAUAAUAAUAGUAAUAACUCAUCCUUUGUAAACCUAACUCGAUAUAAUGAUAUUAAUGAUGACAAUAAUAAUAAUAAUAAUAAUAAUAAUAUUUAAUAGCUA